GAACCGUUUCUUGGUUAAGCUCCACCCACUAACAUUACGCAGAAGUAGAAAGCGAUAUUAGAUGAAGGAAUCCGAGUUGGUCUGCCAGGCACCGGUUAACCGAUACUGAAGUUUGUCUCCAGGAACAGGAGCCUCGACUGGAUUUAUUUUGUAUUCAUCAAGUGUUGGCUACCUCUCAUACAGACACUUGUUGGACAUGGGGUUUCUUCUGACCAAGAUGAUGGCUGUGUUCGGCAACAGAGAGCACAAAGUCAUCAUUGUGGGUUUGGACAACGCUGGAAAGACAAGCAUCCUCUAUCAGUUUCUGACAAAGGAAGCCGUCCACACAUCCCCAACCAUCGGCAGCAACGUUGAGGAGAUCACCGUAGGUAAAACAAACUUCAUGGUUUGGGACAUCGGAGGACAGGAGAGCCUUCGAGCCAGCUGGUACUCAUACUACGGCAACACAGAGAUUGUCAUUUUGGUCGUGGACAGCACCGAUCGUGAACGUCUCAAUCUCACCAAAGAGGAACUGCACCGAAUGCUCGCACAUGAGGACCUAAAGAAAGCCGCCGUUCUUAUUUUGGCUAACAAACAGGACGUGAAAGGCUCGAUGACAGCGGCAGAGAUCUCCCAGUCCCUCACACUCGACUCAAUCUCAUCACACUCAUGGCAUGUUCAAGCCUGCUGUGCCCUGACAGGAGAGGGUCUACCUGCCAGUCUGGACUGGAUGAAGUCACGGGUUGUUGCAAACUAGAGCAAACGCCAGUGGAUCAGACUUCCUCAAACUGAGCCAACUUCAAAAGUCACUGCAGAUCCUACAUGUCAGGAAUGUUUACAUUGGUAACUUUUGGGGGAAAAUCCUGUGAUAGAGCCUGCCUGGCCACACAUGUGGUAUUACACCGCUGUGUGAGGCCUCAGGGUGGACGAACGAGAGAGAAACCUGGGUAAUCUUAGAGUUGGGUAAAGGUAAACCAAUAUCUGUAAAUUGCUGAAUUUUGCACUGUCCAAGGACCGCUCGGUUAUAUUUUAAUAAUCUGGUUAACUGGAGAGGUUUUUCUCAGUUUGUCUCUCUCUUGUUGUUAAAAGUGCACAGUGAGUGUUUUUGUGCAUUACCUUAAGUAACCCAUGCAGAGAGGUGCUGCCCUGACCAGCAAUA